UCAAUUCCCUUCUUCCCCUCCUCAGCCUACUUCUCCUGGCAAGUGAUCACAGCAAGGAGGAGAUUCAAGGUGGCACCCCCAGCCACCACUGGCCCCCCAGAGUUUGAGAGAGUCUUCCGAGCUCAGGCAAACUGCACAGAGUACUUCCCGCUGUUUCUGGCCGUCCUCUGGGUCGCUGGCAUCUUCUUCCACCAAGGUGUAGCAGCUGCCUGCGGCCUCCUCUACCUGGGUGCCCGGUACAGAUACUUCCAUGGCUACGCUGUGUCGGCCCAGGGGAGACUGGGCCCCCUGUACUUCGGUGCCCGGGUCCUCUGGCUGCUGGUAGCUCUGUCUGCACUGGGCCUGGCCUCCCACUUUCUUCCAGCCUCCCUGAAGACGCCCCUCCUGAGGAAGCUGCACUGGCUGGUUGUGAUGGGGUAGAAAGUGGGGUGGGACCCCAUGAGGGGUAUGCCUCCAAGGGUAUGUACCAAGAUGGCUUGGGAGGUGCCAACCCCACCAGGGCUCAGGGGGUUCUGGUGACAGUGGCACUGUGGAGAAAUACAAAGACCUGGGGUCCCUAGAGAGGGGGGGUGUGAUGCAGACUCCCCCCAAGGUUUGAAACGGAAUUAAACUUUUAUUACAA